AUGGAAAGAAUGCUUAAACCAAUGAAUGCUUCAAGUCAACAGCCACCCUUAGUAUGUUACCCUGUCGAUUCAAGAAUUGUUUCCGAUUUAAUUCUUGAUAAUUUCAACAGCAAUGAUGAAUUAAAUAUUGAUGAUGAGUUACUGAAUAUGUUAACUAAUGAAAUGUGUGAAGAUCUACCAGAAAUCACUCAAUUUGAUGACAUUAUACCACAAUUUAAUAAUCGUACUGGAUUACAAAACGAACAACAAUCAGAAAAAACAAUGUUAAAUCAUUUAGAAUCUAAUAUGUUUAUUCAAACUAACAAUUCAUUAACUGAAUCAAUAGUUAUUAAUGAUGCAAUUCUUGCACAAACUAUUUCACAAGAUUACAAUCAAUUAUGCAAUACUCCAUUGAUAUCGGACAAAUUAAAAGUUCAUCCAAAGCAAUCAACAACUGUGACUCCUAUUAAUUAUAUAUUAGAACCAAAUACUUUCAUACAAUGUAAUACUCCACAAAUACCAUCAUAUGAUUUAAUAUAUAAAAGAGAAUUUCUUCAAAAUGAUAUUAUAAAAUCAAAUAAAAUUCAAAUAAAAUGUCAACCACGUUCAAAAUUUCGUCCACGAACACUAAAUGAAAGUAAAAUUUCAUCACACUAUUUACGAUGUGAAGAUGAUGAUGAAUUAGAUUAUCCUGCAAUAUAUAUACCUCAGAUAUGGGCUUGUCAAUCAGAUAUAAAUAUUAUUGAAGUUGCUCUUAUGGAUAUUAAUAAACAACCACAUCCCUAUGUUAUUGAUAAUAAAAUUAGUAAAAAAUUAUUCGAUGAUCAAACAUUAAUUUUCAAAGAGAAUAAACCCAAUGUAUUGUAUUUUCUUUUAACUAAAGAAGAUUUUCUAAAUGGUUAUAAAAGUUUUAUGAUUGAAUUAAUUAAAAGUAAACAAGAUGAUAUUAUUACAAAAAAAUUAAUUCAAUUAAGAAAACUUGAUCAAUCAAUGCUUCGUUUUAUACGAAUUUAUCGUGAUGAAUAUGGUAACUAUCAACGAGAUAUUAAUGGUGAAGAAUAUUCUUGUAUAAUGACAGAAAGUUAUGGUGAUGUUACUGUUGAGCAUAUAGGUCCACGAUAUGGUCCAAUGUGUGGACAAUCGAUGAUAUUUAUUGUUCUUAAAGGGCGUAUCAUUAAAGAUGAUUUAUCGAUUAUUGUUUGUGAACAAACAACUAAAUGGUCUCAGAAAAUAAAAAAAUUUAUCUUGAAUGGUAAUGUCAUUUAUUUUGCUAUGCCUGCUUUUCCAUAUCUAUGUAUGAAUAAUAUAAAAGCAAGUAUCAAUAUCUAUUAUAAAAAUCAACAAUUUCAUGAAUCAACUUAUCUCUAUAUGAACUUCGUAGACGAAGAACUUGUCGAUCUUAAUUUGAAUGACAGAAUUUCAGAUAUUAAUGAUUUUAUAACAAAAAAGAAACUUAAUCAUGAUAUUGUCAAUAAUACAUUUUCUAUGCCAUUGACUUCGCAAAAAAUCUCGAAAAACAAAGCUAGAAAACGUUUAAAUAGUAAACAAAUUAGCUAA